AUGGUCCAUUAUAAGCUGAUAUAUUUCAACGGCCGCGGAGCGGGAGAAAUUAUUCGACAGCUGUUCGUCAUUGCUGGGCAAGACUUCGAGGACAAACGUUUAACGAUUGAGGAGUGGCCAAAAUAUAAAAGCGAAAUGCCCUUCAAUCAGGUGCCAGUGUUAGAGGUCGACGGAAAGCAACUACCGCAGUCAUUUGCCAUUGUUCGCUACUUGGCAAGACAGUUUGGUUACGCUGGCAAGACACCUUGGGAGGAAGCGAUUGUGGAUAUGAUCGGUGAUCAGUUCAAGGAUUACCUGGUUGAAGUCAGCCCCGUCCUCAGAGUCGUGAUGGGCUUCGAUAAGGGUGAUGUGGAAACGUUGCUCAAAGAGAAGUUCUUCCCAGCUCGCGACAAGUUCAUGACUUUCAUGACGAAAAUUGUCAAAAGCAACAAGUCCGGCUAUCUUGUUGGCGAUUCGCUAACUUGGCCUGAUCUGUACUUGGCUGAAGGAGCUGAACUAGCCAAGAAAAUACCUACCCUUUAUGAUGGAUUUCCAGAGUUGAAGGCUCAUUCCGAGAAGAUCCGCUCGAUUCCAGAAUUGAAGAAGUGGAUAGAGAGUCGUCCAGACACACCAUUCUAG